GCUGUACAGUGACGAGAGCUGUUCGUUAAAUACCCAAACUGUCACGUUUUAUCCGAACUAAGCCCCGGACGUAUAUCAUCCAACACAGGUUAUCUAUCAUUUCCAUUUACAAGUUUAUCGCAGGUCUGAAAAUCUCCGCCCGAACACUUACGUUGGUUGUGACUAGGUUGUAUUAUGCCUAUGAGCGGAGAGUCGUCUGCUGCCAUCGCCAGUCUGUAUAGCAUAGCGAGCCAGGACCAGCCCACUGUGGGUACUAUAUACCAUACAGGCGCAGUUCACUCUCAGUACGUUACAAGAUAGCGGUGGCACUGGAGGUAGUGUAUACAAUCUCUAUGGAUUAUAGUCAUUUAGUCGCUAGAGCCUAGUGUCUACGGCAGACCCACCAGUCCGUCCACUCAUCUGAUCAAUGGCUUUGAAUAUACUUAUUUUUUAUUUAUUUACAACAGGAUAAAGAAGAUCUAACGGAAUUCUGCCAAUUGUUCUACUGGAGGGAAAUGGAGUUAUAAAAUCAUUAACCGGAUUAAUAGUUUGUGUUGUGUAUUUUAACUUUACAUGGACAAAAGACGAUAUCAAUAGUUAUCUUAUACAUCGCCUUGUUUGUACUCCUACAACGGAGCGUACCAAUAAAGCCAUGACCUGUGUUCUUUCGAUGAGUGCGGUGUACAAUAACCCAUGUUGUGGCGGAUUCAGAGGAGGAACAACGGACGACACCGCUUCUCAAACGGACUUUGAUUACCACUGGAUUAAUGCACCUUCUUCUGGUUCCCGGCUCGCUACAGACACAGGAACAACCACAUGCUCCUGUCGAUUUGAUAAGCAGACCACCUUGAGUCGGACACCGGCCAAAUUAGAACGUCCAGGCCUGCGGAAAGAGGAACCCACAAGUAAUUGUUGCAAGAAUGAUACACAAGAGAUAGAAAUGAAAGUGGAUGAAAGAAGGACAAUCGGAGUUAAAAGGAAAUUAGAUUCGGACACAGAAGACUUGAUAGACCGGAUACCGCCUAAACGUAUCUCGCCUUUUCUCAAUACACCGAAAGAACGCAAGGAAGAAAGGAGAAGAGUGUUGAAAAUAUCUAUUCAAAAAUUAAGACAAAUGGAGGACCCCGAGCAUUUUCUACGACGUUCUGUCUUGAUCAAUAACACAUUAAAGAAAGUGCAAAAGGAAAUUCGGGAGGAAAAACAGAAAAGCUACCAAGGAUAUAAAAGCUGUAUUUAUAGAAUUCGUCCUCAUUACGGGUACGAUGUGUUAAACAAUAGCUAUUUACAAGCAUCUCCCAACGGAUAUAUGAGUAUGUUCGAAAGUCAAUAUUCAAACCCAGAGGAGUCGGAAAAAUUCCAAGACGAAAUUACUGACACUCUCGUGAAGAGUUUAGAGGAGACUUCAACAAUUAAAGACAAUAUUUCCUCCAACGCGUCUUCGCCUCUCCUCCCGAGGCAGACGGAAUCUCACGGGAUCAGCAUGGAGGAUAGGACAGACACUGACAUUACCAGUGAAAGUCAUAGAGAGAAACAAAUAUGUAGUGACAUGGACGCGGUAUUUAAUAAUCUGAUACGUGCUCUGGGAGAAACAUAGCAAAAUACUGCCGAGACGGCAAAGUGUGCUAGCUGCUAUACCAGAUGUGAGAAAGUGUAUAUUAGAUCACGUCGGACAAAUGGAUGUGGAUGACCCAUAUUGUAUUCAACACCUUGGAUGUGUGUUACGUUAAUGUUAUAACUGGAUGCAAAACACAAAUACAAUAUGCCAUUUAUAUGAAAUCUGGGAUUUAUUAUCUCUUAAAGGCUGAGUGCAUAUUUAAGGUGUGCAAAGAUAAAAGUCCGAAAGGAAUAUACAAUAUGCCAUGGAUGAUUGGGAGUACCUGUUGAGGAUUUUUACCCGUGUAUCAUUGUAUCGGUGUGACAAUGCGAACUUCGGAUUGUUUCGCUCACGGUAUGGAAGAGACAUUCUCAAAACUGGCAGGAUAAAGUGAUAUUUCUAUUUAUUAUAUAUUGCAAUGAAAAUACAAAUGCUAAAUUAUGUGAAACAAUAAUAUUUAUAUAUAAAUACGCAUAUGAUAUAAAAUGUUUGUGACCUAAAUUAUCAAAACUUUGCAGGCAUCUGUUGAAAAUGAUGGAAUCUAGGCAUUUUAAAGUAAAAUGCUGUGGUCUUAUUUUCAAUUUUUUAAAAAUGUGAUAUGAAAUUAUUUUUGACAGAAUAAAUUAUUUUAAGUUAAUGUUGUUAAAUGGGUAUGCUUUCCUUAUUUUACUAGAGAUAAAUUGAAUCAACAAUUUUGAUGUAAAAUAUUUAAUUGAAUCGAGACAGGGCAGGACAUUCUUUUAAUCAUAAAUAUCAGUGUUUAAGCUACUAAGAUGUCUAUUGAAGUUAUUUGUUAAUUAGAAUAUAUCAUUAUAGAAGUCUACAUAAAUUGUGUAGAUAGAUUAGAAUAAGAUUAUUUGAGCUUGCCGAGUGUGAGGCUAGCGACAGUUGAAUUCAUUAGCCUCUGUAGUAGUAGCCCAAGUGUCGCUCUACUUUUGCUAAUUGGCCUGCGGCUAAUGUAAGACAGCUAUGGUCUCGGCCAUUAAUCACUUGAUUUCUCCUACAAUUGACAACACAAGGAUGUGCAGAUAUAUACCCCCUAUCGCUGCUGUGUAUUUAAUAUCGAGUUGUGUUAUCACAGUUUAAUGCAGAGUUGUUACACCAGACAGGAUUUCUAUGGUUGCAUUGCCAUCUUUUACCCGUGCUGUUAAAUAUUCUGUUAGCAUCCCAUUAAUUAUUAAUGUGUAGGCUGGUUCUGUCUUUAUCGUAUUGUUAUAAUUCCCUUGGUGAUCAAUAUAAUUGAUUCUAUGAACGCAUUUCGUGUUCCGUGAUCCAUUUCACCUUGUCUUUACCUUCUGGUGAAUUGAUACCGAGCCUGUGCAUUAUUUCUUAUCUGUAUGGUAUAGACAAAACGAGUAGUGUAUGUACAUGUCGAUUCUGCAAACAGACAGAAAGCGUUUUAAAUGGAUUAAACAUUUUGCGUCAGUGUCACAAUUCAUCCAUAAUAGAUUUAGACAUGUCAUAUCUAGAUCUGAUGUAUAAAACAAAAUAUAGGUAUAAAGGUAUUCUGGUGCGAGAAAUGUAAACUGUUGUAUUAUGAUCAGUCCACACGUCUAUGCACGCAUUAGAUUGGAACAGACACAAUUAAACAUAAAUGAUUUACUGAUUCUGCGACAAAUGUGAUCAAAUAAACCUCAAAAUCUGACAAUGGUAUGCAUAAAUGUGGGAUCAGUUUAAACGUCAAAUAUGUAUACUUGCAUAUAAAAUUAAAUAAAUCAUUUUCGUUUACAUUAGGAGUAAGGCUGCAAUUGUCAUUUUAAACAAUACCAACAAGAGACUAGCUCUAGGUAGCCGAGGCGUCGGGAGUUGGCCCUAUUGAGUUGUGGAUCUAAUAAUUAAACGCCAAUAACAAGACAGGCGUGACACCCCUCCCGACAGCUGGUCUUUACAACAACUUGUAAAGGUUCAAAUGCGGGGUUACCUUUAUAGCGGCUUUUAGGGGACUUCUGCUUUCCAUACUGGCUUCUAGACCUGUAACUGAAUAUUUCUUAACAGUCAUGGGCUACAAUUAAGAUUUAAAAGGCGACUGGGAAGAUUGUAACAAAUAGUGGUCCUUUUUAUUAAAAAGCAGAACAAGAGUUGAGAUUAUGUAGGCCGGUGAUUUUUUUUUGGGAUCAAAACACGUCUACAUAUGUUUUGGUGGCCCAAGGGCCUACUUUAUAGAUGCAAGGUUAUAACAUAGUAACAUUUAUAUAAAAGCAAUUUCAUCACAUUUUCUCUUUUUAAAUCUGAUAAGCAGCUAUAAAAACAGCAGUGCGGCCAUCGCUACACAGGAACGUUAGAAGUAAACGCCGUUAUUGAAGAAUUAAUGGGAUAAAUGUGGGCUGAUAUUCUUACUCGAAAGGAAACAAAAACCGAGGUUUCUGGACCGGUAAACGACACGUAUAAUUACUUAUAAAUAGGUCUAGAACUGAUAGGGACUGUCAAACAGUCAUCCAGACAAUGGUUCUUUAUCACCGAUAUACCAACGUUCUGAUGUGUCGCUAAAUGAAACGUAUUCAUAUCUUAUUACAGCAAAACUAGUUAACACGUUAUUCUAACCAAUAAAUCAUACCAUAUUUUUGUUUAAACGGACAUGGUAUUUAAGUUAAAAUGCAAUUUGUCUUUCAAAAUGUUCUUUAUAUAAUAAAGACAAUAGUUAACAAUAGGCGUUUGUAUUGAACCAACUAGUGUAAGGUUUAUCUCAUUGUCCCGAACCAUGGUAUGCGUUGACGUUUCAGAAGUACGUACUCGGCCGUCGUAAACACAAGGAUCAUGUGAAAAUGGCCAUACUUUGUUUAGUUAUAUGUGUAAUAGGUGCUUUCAAAGUUCAACUAGUCCCAUUACCACUGAUACAGGUGUACCGCACAGGUAACGUUAGGUGUAUAUAGAGUAAAGGAAGAACCUCGAAGGUUACUAAAUUGUACGACAACAGCUAACAAUCACUUGUGUACUAUAGAUUACGACCUGACUCUGUCAGCCAUCCACUAGGGCCUGAUAAGAGUAGUUAUGUGUUAAAGCGGCUUAACUUUCCUCUGUUACAAUGUCAUGGUUUACACGCGCAUUGCAUUAGGUCUGCCCGCCUAGCCAACAUCAUCAAAAGCAUUGUGGUAUUGAUUUCAGUCGAUCUCGGGGUAUAGGUAUGUCCUCAGAGGGUUCUACAUACAUAUAGAGUAGGUACUUCAUGUUCUUAGUGUAAUACUAGACUAGGUCACAUAGUGCUUCGAUUUUUACAUGCAUAUUUCUUAUCAGAUUUCUUUGAUUUCUAGAUGAACACAAAUGAAUAACAAAAUCCUGUCAUCCAUAAAUCUACUCUAUGAUGGCUUGAUGCCUAAUCUAAACGAAAAAUGCACAACGACUUGUUUCAUGUAAUGUUGCUCAUUUUCAGUUCCAUGAAGUUUAGUUCAAUAGAACAAGGCCUAGGGGCGACAACCCGUACUUGUCUGUCUGAGCGAGCUGGAAAUAAUUGAGAAAACGAUUGCCGUUGGCUGUGGUACCGUGUGAACACUCACGGCCAUACGGCAAUCCGAGGCAGGUCUACGUAUUCAAUGAAUUAUUGCCGGUGUCGCCACUAACACUAACACGUGCUUAGCUGAUUAAUUUUCGUAAUUGUCAGGGAUCGUGACGACAACAGCCGUGCAUGUGUACUGUGUGUUAGUAUGGACACAGACGUUAUUCAUUAUUGUUACAAAUUAUUUGUUAUGGCGAAUUUCCUCUUAUUUGAUGUUUCAAAUGUUUUUGAUAUCACGUUGGUGUUAUACAUUUGUAAUCAGAUCAACGCAGUUCUGAUCAGAAAUAGAGUUUGUGACAUACAGACAUUCUAAACCAAAAUGCCAAUAAAGUAACUCGUUAUUAAUGAAACCAACUUAGCAUGACAUACUUAUCAAAAGUCGUUAUAAACCAACUCUUUGUUCAAUGUCGUAGAGAUAAAACAAAGGAAUAUUUGGUGAUUUGGCCAUAAAGCAGUUUCAUUUAAGAAAGGAAAAACUUAUGUGUUUAGAAAUGCUAGUACAAUGAACUAACCCAUAAUAGUAGGAGUCCUCGCGUAGAAGAAAUGCUAUAUCGAUCAUGUUUAGAUGAGUGGAAAUUCUCACAGGAUCAGAUUUCCAUCCCAUUACUUUAAAAAUAACCACCAUAUUGGUUGUAAAAUAUGGUCUAUGUUUCACACGAGUUUCACUUGUAGUAUGUUUCACAAGUCAUUGCCCCGUAUGUAUACACGUAGCCGUACAUGUUGAUGGAUGGCCUCGGCAUGUGUUACCCACACUGUGUAUUGCCUCUAGGACGAUAUAUAUAUAUCCUGACACCAGUUACAAGUAUCGGUGGGCUUUACUUACCACUGUUUCUAUGAGAAACUAUUUUCUUGAUCUCACAGAAAAUAACUUAAUGAAAAAAUGCAGUUUCGUGUUUUUAACGGACAGACUAUAAGAUAUACAUAUAACCACCUAGUAUAGUCGCAUUACGAUAUAAUACACCAUCAGAGGUGUCCAGGACACACAGAGUUACUUAUUUGAUUAUAGCUAUCUGACAGCUACCUUAUCGAGAGAUCAAUGUAAGCAGUUUUUGUCGUUCUAAUCUAUACAGCAGUUCAGUUACUUAAAAAGAAUUGUGUUAUGUUUAGUUUUUCUACGAUCUCUCCGUAACACAUUUUAAGCCUAUAAUAUUAGUUACUCGGCCCUCCAACAUGAUAUUUGUGAUCAUAUUUAAGGUCAACAUCUGGUAGGCUAUUUAUAAACAGUCGAUACUGUGGUUUAUGUCCCAUACACAGAUGGAAUAUUGAUAUUGUUUACUUUCCUACCUAACUAGGAUACCAUAUAUACAUCGAUCUCAACACCAUCCUGUCGCUUAGGAUGAAAUAAAUAAUAGUAUAUGGACGCAUAAUGAAAUUUGAUUAGGUAUCAGUAUGUAUAUAUAGACUUGUUGAUUACGAUUGAAUAACAGGUUGUUUCUGCAAAUAAACAAUUUGUGUAUUGCGAUUUGAUUGUAUGCCCUUUGUAGUGAGCAGUUGAUUGUAAACAGGACCACAAAGCUAGGACAAACAAUAACAACAGCACGUUUUUACGGCAGACAGAUGACACGAUCUGGCUCUGUGUCUACAACUUGGCUUUUUUUAAUGAAUUGAUUUCUGACAUAAAUUAUAGUUUGGUAUUAUAGGGUAAAGGGGAGGGAACUAAGAUUACUUAAAAUCAAAGGAAUUGUAUUACACGAGGUUUUAAGUAGGUUUACACCUGUUUAUUGUUCUAUAAACAUGUAACGUUACCUUUGUCUGUGUAUCUGUUUAAUUGCCUCUGUAACACGGUCAAGAGAAACGUGUCUGCUAGACUGUAUUAUAAUUGAGUGCUCGAAACAUUGCUAAAUCAUGUGGAACAUAUUACGUCACGGGUUGUUGACCUCAACAGGCCUUUAAUGGCGAACCCUAUAAAAUGGCUUAUACUUUGUAUAAUACAGGUAAUGGUGUAAUACAGGAAUCGUUCUCGUAACCUUCACAAAGGCAGACUCUGUUUCUCUUGAUGUAUUUAUUUUUUGCAAUUAAGUUUUUUUAAAUGUUACUAUCUGAGGUUAGUUACAGCACCGAAUAUUUGAUGGACCAUUCGCACGCCGUGCUUUAUCAUUGUAUAUGACAUUUGUUACAUUCACGCACCUUUUGGUCAAAAGACCCACUCGCUCAUGUAAAGGGUCGAUUAUGAAUGGAAGUUAUUGUGAGAGGCACGAUAUGAGAGAGUUGAGUCGCAAGAUAUGUCUAUGGGUUUGCGAGUGUUUACGAGAUUAGUUUAUGGUUUGACGAGAGUUUACGAUAGUUUGUGUAUGGUUUGACGAGAAUUUACGAGAAUUGUGGAUGAUUUGACGCGAGUUUACGUGAGUUGUAUAUGGUUUGGUGAAAGUAUGUCGACACAUGUUCGCAGUUGCACAAAUGCAUGUUGAAGUUAUUUAUUGUAAAUUAAAUGAUUCGAGAUGUAAAUUAUUGAAAAAGGGAGUUAUGAUUGUGGCAUUUAUAAUGAUGGAUACUGCAAAACAUCAUUAUUAAAUAUUAAUAAAUAAAAAAAAAACUGAAACUCA